UUUGCACAAUCUGCAUUUGCAUCGCACCUCGUAGGGCGGAUGAAGUAGGUGAGCAGUAGCGCGUCGUUCUGCGCUCGCGCAGUCCCGCUUGUAACGUUGCUGCGGCCGCACGCGCUAGCCGCGCCAUGAAUCGUCCAGUGCUCAUAGUCUUCGCGCUCGCCGCCCUCGCAAUCGCUGUUGCUGCCGAUCCACCGCGACCUCGGCUCAUAGAUUUCAAUCCCUUUGCCUGGCUACCCACCAAUCGCAAUGGAUCCCCAUCUAUUAUGGACUAUUUCUUUCCUCCAUCCCGUACCCCUAAACAAUCCAGCCUUGAUCCGCCCGCAGACCGAACACCGCCCCAAAUCCACAUAACCCAAACUACCCAGGAUAACACACCUGCUCCGACCACAACUGAAGAACGUUCUACAACACUUGCGAGGAAAGUUUCCAGUAAAACUAAAGCUACUAUUGCCUCGACCGCGACAAUACCGCCUAAAACGAAAAAACCUUCUCGCAAACCUACAACGGUUGAUACGACAAUAGAAACGAAAAUUCCACAAACGACCAAAGUACAAACACCAGCGUCAACAACAAAAGUAACUACUGUGCCUCCAACAAAUCGACCCACCAAACAUUAUACGAUACGGCCAACUGUUCGCACAACAGAGACACCGACAAUUCAAGAUACGGAGACGACCAACAGUGAUAGCACAGAGACGGUAUCCGUGUUCGAUACCGCUGGAACGAUGACGGUAGAUACUAAGGAAACGGUGCCUACGUUGAGUACGGCUGAAGAGUCGAGGUCCACGGAUGCCGGCACUGCCAGCACCGUGCCUGUGGAAUCCACUACCCCGACGGACAGUACGGCGGCGGAACCCGCCGACAGCCGGGAAGGUUACCUGCCACUGCGCGACAAACCACAGCAGACUCAUGUCAAAAUCAACGAACAGACUAAGAAAGAGACGGUGCCAUUACCAGCAGGAUCUACAUCCGUAUUGGCUAAACCGACAAAGUAUCAUUACUAUCCCCACAAUCAACACAUCUAUUUAUUGCCAGAAUGUGCAAUUCAGCAGGUUUGCAAUGCAGUGUACGUGCGUUUGAACUAUACACAGCCAUUGUGCGCGUGCCCGGCACGCUACCGCGACCCAUGUUCUGCGAGCCUCAACGCCGACGACCUGCAUACCACGCGGCUUACCACAGAUUCCAAAAAGAAGUAUGCCCAUAAAGCCGUAACGCUUGUGAAGACUUGCGAAGCAGUGUCCGAGAUGCGUGAAUGCCGCUCUCCUCGUGAUUGGUCAUUACUUGCUUUACAAAACAUAAGGACUGGCAAGUCGCACUAUCUUGUUAUCUGCAGGUGUCCUGAGAAUCACAUACUAGAAGGGCCAAUGUCUCAUGACCAGCCGACUUAUGCGUCUGUGCCUGGGAUUAGAGUAUAUGGGAUGGUCUGCGUACGACCUACAACUCCUUAUAAUGCUGGAUUCAAUGCAAACAAAUUCACAAGCGGCAUCCAAAGUUCGACCAGCGCGUACAAAGUGGACUACUCUCAACCACACUCAUACGUCGAGAAGCCUGUAUAUAACCGAUACCACAGCUAUCCUGAACCUAACUACUACAACAGAAGGUCUAGAGUGGCACGAUUCCGAAGAUCGAUAUCAGAAUACCCCCCUUUUCCAUGGUACAAAGUGAAAGAGUUAGCGAAAUCUUUACAUUGGAUUUAGAUAUGUUUCCGUUUUAGAAUAUGAGAAGUAUGUUGGGUUCAUUGAGACUUUAUUUAUAAUCAUCUAGAAACUGUCUCUUUGAAUCCAACGCAAACUUCAUUGAUUAUAAGUUUUAGAGCGUGUAACGCAAGGUACAUUUUGGCUUGGUGCCUAAACGCAAGUCCAGUGACUUUUCGAAUUUAUUAAUUUUUCAGAUAUUUAUAUGUGUGACCGUUGAAUUUAAUUUAUUAUAAGCUUUAUAUAUUAUUAUGGCGCAGUGAGUACCUAACUCAGACUAAUGUUUCACAAAACGCUUUAGCUCGGUUACAUAAUGAAUGUAGUAAUGUAGUUUCUGUUACUUCAUAAGCUAAAUUUGCAUUUAGUUUUAUUCAAGUUCUUACAAUGUAACUCGAUGUUUAUCUCAUUAGUAUAAACUAUUUUAGACUUAGUACACACGAAGGCACAAAAUAUAUGCAAUCUUUUAGCUAGAAAUAUUAAACGAUUUGGCGUCUGUAGACACGAACAACAUUGAAUUAAAAAAAUGUCGUAAUGUAUAAGUGGCAUUAAUUUAUAUAACACACAAUAUAUCAAAUGAAAGUUAUUACUCAUAUAAUUGUACACUUGUUAACAUCAAAAUAUUGGCAUAAUGGCAACAUUGAAAACGUGUUGAUUGAGUGGUGAGAAUCGUGGGUAAAAUCAGUGUUGCCAACAGAAGAACUUUGAUAGAUCUAAGUUUACUGAAAGAAAAUAUAAUAAUUGAGUUUUUGCCGUGGGCGUUUUUAUAAUUUAUCGUAGCACAACAUGAUUUUAAUUGUUGUGAUAUAAUAGGAGAGCAAAAUGCAUGCAAUUGUAUGUAAAAGCUUUCAAUACAUUCAUGCAGUGCAUUACCAUGAUAUGAACAGAAAAUUAAGUAUCUUCUUAUUUAAAUUUGUUCUGUGUAUACAGGAGAGUAACAAAAACGAUAAAACCGGGCCAUGCCGUACCGUGUCGUGUUAUGGUAGAUUAUAAAACGUUCAUCGAUUAAUUAAGAUUUUAUAAUAUUUGCCAGAAUGUAGUAGUUAUGAUGAUUAUAGGAUAUAAGUAAUAGAAAAAAAAUUGCGAUCAAAAAGAUUUGAAACAAAUGCUUCCCCACCAACGUAUGGAGAUUGUUUUAACCAUGAUAUCGUUUACUGAUACAUAUUAAUAUUAGAAUGUACACAAGACAAUGUGAUAAGAGAUUCAAUGGUUUUUGUGUAAUUUUGAUGCAUUUAUAGUUUUUUAAGACUUAGUUGUAACAAAUUCAGUAUUUAUUUAAGUAAACCAUAUUUAUACUUAGCAGUUUACGAUGUAAAUAGUAGCAACAAUUACAAUAUUUGUAAUUAUGAAUAAUAAAUCUAACUGAAUUUUACAUAAAA